AUGAGUCAAGUAAGAGACAAGCCGUAUCAAUGCUCUGAGUGCCAGAAAAGUUUUAAUUACAAGUCAAAACUCAGCAUUCAUCAGAGGAAUCACACUGGAGAGAAACCAUUUACAUGUUCGGAAUGUGGCAAGUGCUUUUCACAGAAGACAUCUCUUGCUAAACAUGAAAUGAUUCACACAGGAGAGAAGCCAUUUUCUUGCUCAGAAUGUGGCAAAUGCUUUUCACAGAGGUCAGAUCUUCUUCAACAUGAAAAUAUUCACACAGGAAAGAAGACAUUUUCUUGCUCUGAAUGUGAAAAUGUGUUUUUAUGGAAGAAAUCGCUAAUCAUUCACCAAAGGGUUCACACAGGAGAGAAGCCAUUUAAUUGCCCAGAAUGUGACAAAUGCUUCAGUUCGAAGAAUAAUCUUAUUUCCCACCUGAAGAUUCACACAGGAGAGAAGCCAUUUAAAUGUUCAGAAUGUGAAAAGUGUUUUUUACGACAUGCUCAACUUACUUCACACCUGAAGACUCACACAGGAGAGAAACCAUUUAAAUGUUCAGAAUGUGACAAAUGCUUCGCACAUAGUCAUCAUCUUGUUGAACACCAGAGAAUUCACACAGGAGAGAAUCCAUUUAAAUGUUCAGAAUGCGGCAAGUGCUUUUUACAGAGGGCAAAUUGUGUUCAACAUGAAAAGAUUCACACAGGAGAGAAACAAUUUUCUUGCUCUGAAUGUGAAAAAUUGUUUUCAUUGAAGAGAUUACUAAUCGAACACCAGAGAAUUCACACAGGAGAGAAACCAUUUUCUUGCUCAGAAUGUGACAAAUGCUUUCGUUCGAAGAAUAAUCUUAUUAUCCAUCUGAAGACUCACACAGGAGAAAAGAGAGCGGUUUUAAAUGUUCAGAAUGUGGCAAGAGCUUUGCACUGA